AUGACAGGGGUCCAAAGUUUCCUCCUCUUGGCUCUGAUUUCAGGUGAGUGUCUUUAUUGAGCAGCAGAGGAGCAGAAAGUGAUCUCUGCAUGUCUGCUGACUCCUUGUCCUCUAAAACUCUGGGUCCCUUUCAGCCGCUCAGGGCCAGUCCCUCACCUCCUCAGAACCAGUAGUCAGCAGACCAGGACAACCGGUCACUCUGUCCUGUAAAGUGGAAGGACUUGCUCUGGCUUGGCUGCACUGGAUUCGUCAAAAACCAGGAAGAGGACUGGAGUGGAUCGGUCGCAUCGAUAGCGGGACCGGCACAAUAUUUGUCCAAAGUCUACAGGGCCAGUUUUCCAUCACCAAGGACACAUCGGUUAAUGUUGUGUACUUGGAGGUGAAGAGCCUCAAACAGGAAGACUCUGCAGUUUAUUAUUGUGCUCGAGAGCCACAGUGA